UUCAUUUUUUCCGCGAUUGUGUGCCUGGGAGCGCGGCUUGGGAGGCACUUUGUCUGCGCGAAAUUUUCGUUCUUCUCACGUAAGGGAAAAUCUUUCCCCGCGGCGGCCGUUGUUGCCCCGUAGCAGGAAACGUGUGGAUGCUUUUCGUUUGACAGCUUUGCCGCUGCCGUCGCUUUUUUCGCGAGUCUCCCUGCGCGGACACGUCCUUCCCACUUCGUUAAGGCGGCCGGCAUCGCGUUCCCACUGUUUUUCAGAAGUCCGUUUUCUCCCUUUCGUCCAGACGCCCUCGUUUUUCUCCCGGCAUUUUCCUGUCCUUCUGUUGCUGACGGGUCGCGAGCCGCCUCCGACCCUCCCCACACCUCGUUUCCUCGUUUUCAGCUCUUCGUUUCCGUCCUCUUGUCUCACUGUAAACCUCUCUCGCUUUUCUGUCCGUCUUCCUCCGCGUCCGUCGAUCUGUCCCUUCUUCCGUCUUUUUCCCGAGGCGACAUUUCUGCGUUCCACCCCCCCUGCGCGAGUCUGUGAGAGUCGCCGCACUCUCUCCCCGUCGAGUGUCCGUUCUUCCCCGUCCCGCGUCUGCUCUCUCCGGAAAAGACAAAAUUGUUCACCAUGGAGGCGAGAGACGGCACGUCGUCCCAAGGGGCGACCGGCGCAGCAGUUCCGAAAGCCGAUUUGGGAGACUGCAGAUUCUACGAGGAACGCUUCCCCGACGUCGAAGAUUUAGUUAUGGUCAAAGUCAACCGCAUUGCCGACCUCGGCGCCUACGUCAGCCUUCUCGAGUACAACAACAUGGAAGGCAUGAUUCUCAUGAGUGAACUGAGCAAACGGCGGUUCCGCAGUGUAAACAAACUGAUCCGCGUGGGACGCCACGAGGUCGUCAUGGUUCUCCGCGUCGAUCCCAAGAAGGGAUACAUCGAUUUGAGCAAGAGACGUGUGAGCCCCGAGGAUAUCGUCAAGUGUGAGGAGAAGUUCAGCAAGUCCAAGAAAGUGCACCAGACCGUUCGCCAUGCCGCCCAGAAACACGGGAUGAAGGUCGACGAUUUGAACCGCUCCGUUAUUUGGCCGCUGUACCGGAAGUAUGGACACGCUCUCGACGCGUUGAAGGAAGCGGCGAUGCGCCCCGAUGAAGUCUUCGCAGGCUUGGAAGUAGAUGAGGAGGUGCGCAAGUCGCUCAUCCAAGAUAUUCAACUUCGCCUUGCUCCCCAAGCCUUGAAGCUCCGAGCACGCGUGGACGUCUGGUGUUUCGGCAAGCAGGGGAUCGACGCGGUCAAGGCAGCCCUCCAAGCAGGACAGGAAGUUGGAGACGACGAGGUCACCAUCAACAUCAAACUCAUUGCUCCGCCUCAGUACGUCGUGGUCACUUCCUGCUAUGACAAGGAACUCGGCAUGCGAAAAAUCGAGCAGGCCAUGAAAGCCAUCAGCGACAAAAUCAAGAGCUUCAGUGGAGGUGACUUCAAGCAACAAGGCGAGAUCGUUGUCAUGGGUGGCGACGAGGAGAAACGGUUGGAGGAACUUCUGGAAGAGGCAAACGAGGACGACAGCAGCGACGACGAAGAGGAGGAAGAAGACGAGGGCAUGGGUCGCGUGGAGGACGAUAUUCCGGAAGACGAAGUGGAAGAUGAUGAGGAGGAUAACGAUGAUGGAAAUGCGUGAAAGUGAAACAGAAAUAGAGGUAUCGUGCCGCUGUCUCUCCUAGAGCGGAAAACAACUGUCGAGGCGGUGCAGACGACACGAACGCGGAUCUUUGAUCGCACGAGACGCCGAAAACGCCCAAACAUGCAGCAUCUGGGAAAAAUCGAAAGCUAGAGGGGGCUGAGAAAGCGUCGCUUUUGAGAGACGUUCUCGAAAAUGGGAGAAACAUCGAGGAACGAGACAGCAAAGAACACUUUCGAUCUCUCGCGUCUCGGUGUACAGCGUGUGGGUGCCUCUGGGCCGAGGCAGCGUCUCGGCUGAGGUGUACGGAAGCGGGGGGAAGUUUCAUGCGUUCCGUGUCUCUCUUCGAGAAACUUCGGAGUGUGCACUGAAGGGAAUGGAACAAGACCCAGGGGGAAGCUGAGGGGUGUGCAUACAGCAGAGGAGUCUCUCGGACGUGCCGGAAAAACGCGGUUUAUUCCUUUUCGUUCCGCGUAGUCUCUGGGUGCAUGCAUUUGAAGACAGCGAGAUAUGGAGCGCAGCCGUCGCGCGUGGACGUCUCUAUCGCGUGCGUUUUUCCUUCCUUUUUUGUCUAGAGUUUUUUUAAGUUCUUUUGUCUCCCCGCCUCGCUGCAUGAGAGCGCCUGUGGCGACGCCGCUCCGUUCUUCUCGAAGGCUCAGCACGGUGCCAUGCGAUUUGUCAUUCUCACACGACAGAGUGUCUUGGCUUUCGCGAGAGUCUGCGUGGUUUCUCUUCUUCAAGUGCCACCAAGAACAUGAUGCGCUUUGCUGGGUGAAUCGACUGCGAGUUUCCACAGACAAGCAUCCAUCAAAACUCACGUAUAUAUACAUAUGUAUAUAUAUAGGGAUGUAUAUGUACCGGGUUUUAUGUGUCGACCUCUGUAUACACGUGUGGGUACAAGCAUGCCUCCAAAGUCUCAAUUUCUCACUCGCGCGCGCUUUUUAAAGAAUCAGCUGCGGAAGG